AUGGCUAAGUACGAUAACUCAAGAGUGGGUUUUUUGCGUCAAGCUGAGGAGCUCGCCCACUUCGCGCAGUCUGUAGAGCUGGAGUCGCUAAAGGGCCGGGCUCUAGGACGAGAUGUUGUUGCGCUCGUGGACGAGGUCUCAACACAGAGGGAGACACGCACGUGCUUUGGGUGCGGAAAGGCCGGUCACAUCAAGGCCGAAUGUCGAAGCAAAGGCCGUAGUAGUUACGAUGGUCGUCGUGGAAAACAUGGCGCAGACCUCGUUUUGGCGAUCAACGAUCGUGGAAUCAAGAAGAAGAACCCGCAUUUUGGUUAUGCUGGAAAAGAUGCGAAGGACGAGCAUGAAGAGUGGAUCUUGGAUAGUGGUUUAAGUCGUCACCUCGUGAAGGAUGAGAGCCUGUUGCUGGAUGCACAAGACUGCAACUAUCAGUGCAACAUGGCGGAUGGAGAAACACUAUCCCUGUCAAGAGUCGGUAGCGUCCGUUUAUGCGUUAUGGCAGGUGGCAAGGAGCGGACGGUCAAGCUUAUCGAAGUGUACCUUGCGACUGAACUCGAGCGCAACAUUGUCUCAUAUGGAAAACUCGAGCUCAAAGGUUUUGGAUUGGUGUACGAUGGCGCGACGCGCUCGCUCGCCAAUCGCAGUAAUGGGGAAGUGGCUUUCGAUUUGACAAUGGAGAACAACGUACUUUACGUUAAGACUGUGGAAACUUCGCACUUAAGGAGCAUGCCAAGUGAUGUACUAAUGGCAAUACUGGCUGAAGAAGGAGCGGCUGAGUCAUCGUUGGGAGUGCAAAGCGGCACGCUCAUGCAUUUUCACCAGCGACUCGGACACCUUUCUUUCGACACGGUGGAACGAAUGGCGAAGGAUCCUGCGUCAGGGAUCAAACUCACGGAUCGGCGCAGACUCACGUGUUUGUCAUGUGCUGAAGGGAAGCAGACGAAGAAUUCUCAAUCGCAAAAGGACACCGGCGUGAAUGCACCAAUCGACAGGAUUGGUGGAGUUAUCUGCUCGGAUCUAAAGGGACCUAUGACGCCCAAGGACCGACAUGGAAACAGAUAUCUCGUGAAUUUUAUUGAUCACAAGUCGAAUUACUGCCGCGUGUUUCUGGCCCCAACUAAGGAUCAAGCAGCGAAGAAGUUUGAGCACUUUUUGGUGUUUUUUGAAAAGCGAUUUAUUUGUCGUAUUCUUGUGCUACGUACGGACGGCGGCGGGGAGUACCAGAAUGUGGACUUAUUCUGA